AGAGAGAGAGAGAGAGAGAGAGAGAGAGAGAGAGAGAGAGAGAGAGAGAGAUCGAUCAGAUGUGGAUGGGAGGGGGAGAGAAAGCACAGUCCUGAGGAGAGACGGAGUGAGAGAACACAAGUGAUUAAGAAGGUGAACAGUCCGAUGUUAUGCCAAGCUGCAGAUGCACAGUAAAAAGAAGGGAAGAAAUGCAACAGAAGGGCGCAUCUGUCCAGCCCUAGUUACAUGCAACUAACAUUGUAAGAGUGAUCAGUCCACCAUGUUGCCAUGGAGGAUGGCCAUUGUUGGUCUUUUCUACUGCUGCAUCAAAACAGGUGUCACACGAUGUCGGACUAAAGUCCUAUUCCCAGCAGCAAACAGAAUAAAAAGAGGGGUGGCAAAUGUGGUGAACCCCACCUUCCACAACUCUUUUGAUGAUGUCCAUCUAUUAUUUGAGAUCCUGCUGGCUGGCAUACACUUUGAGGCCAGUGGAGAGUUUUCAGUGCAAGAUGCUGAGCUGGCUUCCCUCCGCAAAACAAGAAACCUGGAAGUCAUCUGUGAGAAGAUCAUUCCCAGGAAGCUACCAGAUAUAUUUAGGCUCAUCUCCGACCUUUCAAAUUAUAUUGGUCACCUGCAUCAGGACGAUUUUGAGCGCACCCUACUGACCUUGGUAUACACAGCCCAGCAGAUGUUCAAUUCCACUAAUGAACAUCAACGAGAUGUGUGGGCAGAGUCUUUUGUUAGUUUGUACAAAGCCAUCAAGCAGGAUCUGACAGGGACAAUGUGAACAGAUACUGGUGUUGCUACACAAUGGCUCCAUAUUGGAGUUUAAUAUGUACAUAAGAAAAACUUUUUUUGAAAAAUAUCCAUAGAGAUCAGUGAGUAGUCCUGAUUUGUGCAUUGAGGAAAUGUUGCAUCUUGUAUGCUAGUAGGCUAUAAGGAGCCUGAAAGAAGUCCUGUCAGAAACUGUUGCCUCAAAUAGGUAAAGUGCACAGCACAGUGCAACAGUCACAGCAACGGUAAUUUGAACCAAAGGUGCUGUAUAUACAUGAAACUAUACAUUGGAUUAAUAUGCUGAAUGCGGCAACAAACACUGCUUACACUCAUGUCUUUUCAUGUGAUCACAUUCUAAGACUAAUUAGAUAGAAGACCAAUAAAACAUCAAGCUUUAAACCAAAGAAAUCAUUGUUUAUACUCCAUGUUAUGCUCUUUGAAUACAGAUUGAAUUACUUUACAGAGAAAACAUACUUCAAGAUUAUAUAUAUA